CUGUGUCACCAAAUUCAAGGUGAAAUAUUCGUCCUUGGUGGUUCACUUUUGGGAUUCUUAUCGAUGAGGGAUUCCACGCCAAUGUGAACAGAGAACACUUAAACUAUAAUUCACUUUCUUCCAGCAAUUUCUUCAAACAAUUUCGUCAAACAGCGGAUCUAAUUGGCUGUGGAGGUUUAUUGGUAAAACUUUACAUAGUGCAUGAAUUAGUAAUAUUGUAAGUCGAGGGCUGUGUUCAGUAACCUUUAUAAUCUCAAAGGUCGAUACUGUCGAACGAAAAAGAUCAGUCAUUGUCGAGGUUCCAAUCACAGGUGAGAAAAAGGACAGCGCCUUGUGAGAUGAGUGGAUGUUUUGCGAAAGUUUUUGUUUUUGUGACAUCAUUUCUUCUGGUGGCGGGAAACAAACCCAACAACUGCAGUGUCUACGGUCAUUGUUCUAGCGAUAAAACAGAUUCAAAGAAAAAUUUGACCAACCUAGGGCCAGACUCGAAUUUCGAGAAGAAAAGAAGUCAAUUUCAUCAAACCAAAAAUUAUGUCAAGGAAGAAACAUUUUCUAAGAGAGACAGCACUUUCACCGAUGUGCUUAAAAACCUCUUAGCUAAGGUGGACAAGGCAAAAACUACCAUCAUAGAUUUGAAUAGUGUACCAAAACGAAAUGCUUCUUCUACCGUAAAUCCUGUAACGAAUCCCGUGAAUGUUUCCAAAACAACUGCAGCCCCCAGCACUAGCACUCUCCCUACUGUUGCAACUACGCCAAGUUCAAGUUCCACAUCCGGAGUUUCAACCUCGCCCACGGUCGGAAGUGAGGCCACUACAACUGCGGCACCCACCGUUGCAAGCUCUCCGAGCCCUUCCUCUUCGACCCCGGUCGUGAAACCUACGGGCAACGCCUCGUGUAAUGAAACUUUAGGGGCUUGUGCCGGCGGUACACUUGUGAAACCUGGCGGAAAUAACAUCACCAUCGCUCCUGGGGUCGUUUUAACUCCAAAUGGUGAAAUUAUUUUAACUCCACACCUCCCGCUAUUGCCAGGGGCUGGUCAAACUACAGCGAGUAAACCUUAUCCCGAGAUGUUUCCCGCUUUAUUAGCCGGAUUGGCCGCAGCAACCGGUACAGCUGGAGUAACCGGGGCAGCAGGAACUGCAGGAGGUGCUACCUCGGUUGCCGGACAAGGAGCUCCCCAGACGUCCUCCACUGCUCAACAAAGUGCGUGA